GUUUGUGCCUGUAAAAUAGCCAUAUAAUAGGGUCAACCUUAGAGAGCUGUUAGCACGAGCUAGUAAACUUUUAGGACAGGGCCUAGUGCAGAGCCAACGCUGAGGGAGGGGGUGGCACCAUCACCAUCAUUGUUUGCUUGCGUUGGUUCCUUAUCCACGGCGGGUGGUGGGCACUCAGGGGUUAAUUUCAGGCUGGCCAGGAGGCUGUGAGUUUGGGGCAGGGCAGCUGCCCUGCCCUGUUUGGCCACCAGAGGGAGCAGCUGGGCCUUGGUGACCGCACACAUCACACCCUCCGGGAGCCAGGGGAGGGGGCUGGCUGGGCGUGGCCAGGAUGGCUCCAGCCCCCAGCUGUCUCUUCUCCCACCCCCUCCGCCUGCAGAGCCAUCCGGUCCCCACCCGGGUGACAUCCUCCUUACACUCCCUGAGUGGGGUGGAGUGGGAAAUCUGGGGAGGGGGCUGGCUGAGAGUGGUCAGCUCCAGCCCUUUGUGGCCCCUCCCCUCCCAUGGGGCCAUCCAGUCCCUUCCUUAGGGCUGCUCUUCCUAUGGCCUCUGACCCCCUCCUCCUUCUUACGCUGCUUUGCUGGGCGCACCCGGUGCCCAGUGAGUCCCUUUCCCAAACCUCCAAGGAGAAGGGGUGUGGGAGGAGGGGAAGAACGGGGAACUGGAAAGGGGGGUGAGAAAUAAAGAUAACAGACAGAGAGAGAGACACACACACAGGCCAACAGGCAGACAGAGACUCGGAGAGAGAAACAGAGAUAGAGAGACAGACGGAAAUAAAGAGAGAAAGUGGAAAACAGGCUAACUCCCUGAGUCAGAAAUACAAAAAGGGACAGAGACAGACAGACAGGGAAAAAGAAGUAAACAGAAAAUCAGACACCAAAGGGAUAGGGGAAGAAAGACAGGCUGAAAGAAAGACGGAGGAAGGAGAGCGAAGCCAGGACGGGGCGUGCCAGCUGGAGGAAUGGACGGUCGCCUGGCAUGGGACGUGUAGUGGCCCCAGCCCACAGAGCUGGGUGGGCAGAGAGGAGCCGGGGCGCAGCGGGGGUGAGGGGGGAUGGGAGGGGCAGGCGUUGUGCUGCUGCUGCUGCUGCUGCUGGCCGGAGCGGGCGCCGGGGUGGCCUGGAGACCACCAAAGGGAAAGUGCCCUCCGAGCUGCUCCUGCUCCAAGGAUAGUGCCCUGUGUGAGGGCUCUCCAGACCUGCCCGAGAGCUUCUCCCCGACCCUGCUGUCACUCUCACUCGUUAGGACUGGAAUCACCCAGCUGAAGGCCGGAAGCUUCCUGAGGGUGCCCACACUGCACCUGCUCCUCUUCACAUCCAACUCCUUCUCCGUGAUUGAGGACGAUGCAUUUGCGGGCCUGUCCCACCUGCAGUACCUCUUCAUCGAGGACAAUGACAUUGGCUCCAUCUCUAAGAACGCUCUCAGAGGACUUCGCUCACUCACACACCUGAGCCUGGCCAGUAACAAUCUCGAGACCCUCCCCAGAUUCCUGUUCCGAGGCCUGGAGACCCUAACUCAUGUGGACCUCCGCGGGAACCCGAUCCAGUGUGACUGCCGCGUCCUCUGGCUGCUGCAGUGGAUGCCCACCGUGAAUGCCAGCGUGGGGACUGGGGCCUGCGCCGGCCCCACUGCUCUGGCCCACAUGCAGCUCCGCCACCUGGACCCCAAGACGUUCAAGUGCAGAGCCAUAGAGCUGUCCUGGUUCCAGACGGUCGGGGAGGCGGCGCUGGGUGUGGAGUCCUUCUCCUACCAGGGGGAGCCCCACAUCAUCCUGGCACAGCCGUUUGAGGGCCGUUGUCUGAUCCUCACCUGGGACUACAGCCUGCAGCGUUUCCGGCCCGAGGAAGAGCUGUCCGCGCCCUCGGUGGUGUCCUGCAAGCCACUGGUGCUGGGCCCGAGCUUCUUCGUGCUGGCCGCCCGCCUGUGGGGUGGCUCGCAGCUCUGGGCCCGGCCCGGCCCCGGCCUGCGCCUGGCCCCCACACAGGCCCUGGCCCCACGACGGCUGCUGCGGCCCAAUGACGCCGAGCUCCUGUGGCUGGACGGGCAGCCCUGCUUCGUGGUGGCCGACGCCUCCAAGGCGGGCAGCACCACGCUGCUGUGCCGGGACGGGCCCGGCUUCUACCCUCGCCAGAGCCUGCACGCCUGGCACCGGGACACGGAUGCCGAGGCCCUGGAGCUGGACGGCCGGCCCCACCUGCUGCUGGCCUCUGCCUCACAGCGGCCCGUGCUCUUCCACUGGCUCGGGGGCCGCUUCGAGAGGCGCACAGACAUCCCCGAGGCUGAGGACGUCUAUGCCACACGGCACUUCCAGGCCGGCGGGGACGUGUUCCUGUGCCUGACACGCUACAUCGGGGACUCCAUGGUCAUGCGCUGGGACGGCUCCAUGUUCCGCCUGCUGCAGCGACUGCCCUCGCGUGGUGCCCACGUCUUCCAGCCGCUGCUCAUCGCCAGGGACCAGCUGGCUAUCCUGGGCAGCGACUUCGCCUUCAGUCAGGUCUUGCGUCUUGAGCCUGACAAAGGGCUCCUGGAGCCGCUGCAGGAGCUGGGGCCCCCAGCCUUGGUGGCCCCUCGCGCCUUUGCUCACGUCACCGUGGCCGGCAGACGCUUCCUCUUCGCCGCUUGCUUCAAGGGCCCCACACAGAUCUACCAGCAUCACGAGCUAGACCUCAGUGCCUGAAACGCGAGGGGACCUUGAGACCUUGGACACGGCUCGGAGGGGAGGGGGCGCUGGCGCGGGGAGUCCCAGGCCUCUGGACACUCACUUGAACGGCCUCCUGGCUCUACCCGGGGUGAUGGUAUCUGUGAGGUACCGACCACAGGCCGAGUUCAAGACAAGGGACUUGAACUUCCAGUCUGAAGCAACAUCUCCGCCCGUGGCACACGUUCCGACCAAGCAUGACUUGGGGGCUCGGGCUGGGGCACCGCAAGAAGCUGGGGUACCGAAGCCAUGGUGGGGGCGAUGUGCAGAACUCCAUGAGGUCUGGAAGCGCCCCCUCAAGUCCACUCCCCUCCUGCUCCCUCUGAAAGUACUGAGGAGGAGAGAACUUUCCUUUCCCUCUAAACUCAUUCUGGCCAAUCUCUUUUAGUGCCCGCCUCCGUGACGUCAUCAGUCGCUGGGCCGGUUUCCCCGCCCGCCCGGGCCUGCUAACUUCCUCUGCUGCUUUGUGCGCAUGCCUCCUACCCAGGCGGAAGCCCAGCGUGUUGGCCCUCUUGCGCCUGCAAGAAAUAGGUGGGAAAAUAGGUGUUGUGGCUGGAGCCCCGGCUACCCUUUCUCUGGAGAGGACAGGAAGUGUAUAAGCUCAAUAAACACGCUGUGCACCUGCCUCA